UGGGACAUGACGGGAUUGUAAGGCUGUCGGAGAAGCGCUCAGUGAGAGUGUGAGUGUGAGAGAGAGAGAGAGAGAGAGAGAGAUGGACGAUCUCCGCUGCUGACUCCGGACAGGUAGGCGCGGAUCAGGCGGCAGAUGAGCGCGCGGUGUUUUAGAGCCGCUCUGGAGCCGGUUCUGGAGGGAGGAGCGUCUUCUCGUGGCCUGACAGCGCAGCGCGAUGGACAAAGAGCCCCAAACGAAAGCAGAGCAGACGAAAAGUCCCACCACCUCCACUACGACCUCCACCUCCACCACGACCUCCACGAGCAGCACCGCCUCCGCCGUGAGCCCUCCACAGCCUCCCAAUGGCACGGCAAAGAGCAGCUCUGCUCUCACGGCGGUCACCACCUUCCACAGCCAGCCUCCACCUUCAGACAGAAAAGUUGCUCAGGUCAAUCUGUUUGGAGACAGACUGGCUCCCGCUUUCUCAACCGCUGUUUCGUCUCAACAGACUCAAAAAACAGUGUCGGUUCCCAGCAUGCCCGGGUCAGCCGCCCUCGUCCGAGCCAGCCAGAGCUCCAACCCCACCAGCGCCAACCACAAGAUCUCACCCCAGGCCCUGCUCGUAGGAAAGAGCCCCACCAGCCAGACCCAAAUGCUCCUGAGGGCUCAGAUGCUGAUUCUAACGUCUACAGUGCGACCUGAUGCCCCUGUCCUCUCCUCCUCUUCCUCCUCCUCUCCCUCUUCUUCUUCACCUCGAUUCCCUUCUUCACAGCUCCAGAGUUUGACACUCCGCCCACCUCCACCUGGUACACUGACCAUCCCACCGAACCUGCCCCUGAAGUCCGCCUCCCCCUGCCCGCCCCCGGCCCUGACCCGCGCCCGGGUGCCCACCCUGACUCCGAGACCCAGCCCACCACCAUGCAGCCCUGGAAAGGACACGCCCACAAAGACGGAGGGUGCCACAUCACCACCACCCUCAGCCCCGCCCAAAGCUCCACCUGUGCGCCAUCUUACAGUGCCGCCUCCAUCUCUUUAUGCUCCAGCUCAUGCGCUGGCUAAGCAGAAGUUAAGCAGCAGUAGCCUGAAGAGACCUCACAGUCAGAUCAGCAUUCCGCAGCAUCCGUUCCCUUCGAGGCAUCCACACCCCAAUUCUUCUCCGGUUGUACCAAAGAAACCGCUUCCCGAGCUGAAGCGCUGUCCGUCCACCCAGGCGUCCCCGAGCGGCUCGAGCCAGACUUCCCCUGUGCCCAUCACCGUGCCCAAUCUCAGCCGAUCCCACCUGACUCCGCCCACCUUGACCCUACCGUUGACGUCCGCCUCCCCCGGCGGCUCCUUAUUGGCAACUAAACAGCUCCUGAGGAUCGCUCUGUCCUCCGCCUCCGCCUCUUCCUCCACCCAGUGCACCAACGGCCAGCCGAAAUCCUCCACCAUGUCCCCGUCUAAUGAUCUCGUCCAGCCGAAGCCUCAGCUCUCUCCUGCGUCGGCUAAACCAGAGUGUCCGAUCCCAUCACCACAGAACUCCAACACCUGCCCCCAGCUGGUGCAGCUGUCACCCUCCAGACAGACCUGGACAUCUCCUCAAAGAGCUUCUCCUCCAUCUCCGGUCCUCCCACUCGUCUCCACCAGCUCCACAUCCUCCCCCGCGCCUCCACAGUCCCCUCUCACCUCCAUCACACACACCACCGACACGACCAAGGAGCUGAAAAGUGCAAAGCCGAAGCUGAAGCCGGGAAACAGCACUGAGGAAAUUCCACAGGAUCUCAAACUUCCAUCAUCGCAGACCAAAAGUGUGGAAGGAAACCAAACAUCACAGAGUGCCGGCGCAGAACCACAGCCUUCAGGACCCAUGGACAAGACUUCAGUGUGUAAACGGCCGGUGGUGUGUACAGAAGAGCCGAGGCCUCAGAAGACGCCGUCUGUCUCAGUAGCAUCAACUGCUGGACGAGAAGACGUCUGUGAGGAAACGUCCACUCACGCAGACAAUCACUCAGCCAUCUCUAGCCUGUCCUCGGAUCUGUCUCCAGUCCUGCCCUCCACGAUACGACCCUCAGUCGCGUCUCCCGCCGGCCGAAGCUCUCCCGCCAAAUUCCCGGCUGUUUCGGAGGGAGCGCUCGCACAGCAGCCGUCCUCCAGCCACACGGGACCGACAGAACCCACCAAACCGCUCGUCCUCACUCACCUGGUGGACGGCUUCAUCAUUCAGGAGGGACUGGAACCGUUCCCGGUGAACAGGUCGUCUCUGAUGGUGGGUCCAAACUGUGGUUCAGGACUGAACGGGGCGAACGGACCGGACAUGUUUAACGCCACCUCAGAAUCCGCCGACAACUCGACUGACUCGGACGACGAGAUUUCCGUCACAAAUAACGGCGUCAGUGUUGGACACAGACUCGUGCUGCAGUGUCACUUCUGUAAGAGGAAAGGAACAGCGCAAACUUUCAACCGCUCCAAGCGCUUCUGCUCCAAGUCCUGUGCCAAGAGGUUCAGCUACACAAAACGUUUCCGAGCUCUGAGACGCUGUGUCAGUGAAGGAGGACAUCGAACUGAAUUUAAUGGAGCAGAGGACGAGAUCGAGGAGGAAAGUUUCCAGCAGGUGAAACAUGGCACCACGGAGCAGUGGAGGAUUCUCCAGCGCCCCCCGCAGGAGGGAGAAGACGAGGCGGCCGCUCCGAUGAAGACGAGGCUGCGCAGACACACGGAGCAGAGCGUGCGCGAGAGAGAGACGAGGAUCAGCGAGACUAAAAGCGCUCCGACUUCACCUCUGGAUGUGGUUUCACCCACAGACCUUUCUGCACACUCCAAACCUGCGCAGUGGACUGUAGACCAAGUGUGGAGCUUCAUUUCCAAUCUACCAGGGUGUCAGGACAUCGCUGAAUCGUUUCGAGCGCAGGAGAUUGAUGGACAGGCCCUUCUGCUGCUCACUGAAGACCAUCUGAUGAGUGCCAUGAACGUCAAACUGGGACCUGCACUCAAAAUCUGCGCCCGAAUCAACUUGCUGAAAGAAGGAGGGAGGUAAAGAGACGAAACCAGAGAGAAAGAGAGAGAGAUAGAGAGAGAGAGAAAGAGAGACAGGUUUGAGCCUCGAGGACGAUCAGAGCACUUGCCAAUAGAAUAGAGCCAUUUUGUGCACUUUAAUCUUUGAAGAGAUUCACGCGGUGAAGUCAACGUGUCGAGGUAAUGUGUGUAUUUUUGCUUGAACUGAUUUAGACUAACAUUACAGUAGCCUUCCGUAACCUUUAGCCUCUGUCUGAAAGCAUGAUAGCAAUAUAAUGGUCCCCUUAAUUUCCGUGAACAUAAUACGAGCUCUAUAGCCAGUCCUAGUGCGAGGGAAAUGUUCGUGUCUGCUUCUUUUUUGUCGCCGAUUGGAUCGAAAUCAUAAUCAGGGUUUGUCGAGUUUCUAUUUUUCACUAAAAGGACGCUUCCUGUGUCUGUGGAGGAAUUAGAAAAGAAUGGAAGUGCUAUUAUUGUGCGCAUGUCCCUCCCCUUCCUGUUGUAGAUAUUUUCUUAUUGUACUGUAUAUGUGUACAUGUAUAACGAUGCAGUGCUCUGUGUGUAUAAAUCUAUACAAAAUGUUUUGUGAAGGAUUUGUAAUAUUUAAUAUAUUUGUCUUCUAAGGCUCUAGGAAAUACAAAUGCAAGCGAUUUGAGAUUUUUAAGCGUUUUUAAAAAAAUGAUGUUUGACAUGCUGAUAAGAUUAUGUAGGCUAACUGAAAUGAAAUGAAAUUUUAUCAAAGCUUCUUCACUGCAGUGAAAGCGUGGAACCCGAACAUGUGGCAGUACGCAGGUACUUAAACACACAGUCUCGCCUAAUGAAGGUACAGCGAAGGUGGUGCCUUUUUCUGACAUGGAGACCUUAUAAAACUGCUGUAGACAUUGUAAUAUAAUCUCGUGUCAUCCAAGUGUUGUUUGUCACAGUUACAUGACCUUUCUUGUGCCAUUUUUGAUUAUUUAAUUAAACAAACUACAUUUUGUUACUGAA